GAGCAGCUCCUGCAAUUGCGGAUUCCUCUCGGGGAGACUGCAGCCUGUCAGCAUGGCUCACGAGUUUGUGAACAGCAAAAUCCAUCAGGGGAAGGUGGUCGUGUUCAUCAAGCCCACCUGCCCCUACUGUAAAAAGAUCCAAGAGAUCCUCAGUCAGUUGCCCUUCAAACAAGGGGUUCUGGAAUUUGUCAAUAUCACAGCCACCGACGACGUAAAUGAGAUUCAAGAUUAUUUGCUACAGCUCACAGGAGCAAGAACGGUGCCUCGAGUCUUUAUUGGCAAAAAUUGCAUAGGUGGGUGCAGUGAUCUAAUAACUAUGCAACAGAGUGGGGAACUGGUGACGCGUCUAAAGCAGAUUGGAGCUCUGCAGUAAUCACAGAGUUGGCCCCACGCUGAUGUC